UAAAAGCAAAGGCGGAACAACCAUCUAGUCAGAUAGCAUUUCCUCCUCAUACGAACACUAUCUCAAUCCACAUCCAGCAAAAUGUUGAAGAUAACCGUGACGCUCGCUCUAAUCGUGGCUUCAGCAUUGGCUCUUCCACAGUUCUAUGGCCGACGUCCAUACCAUGGCCGCCAUCACGGCGGUGCGGCCGGAUUCGGUCAAGGAGCUGCAUACGUUCAACCAGGUUACGGCGGAUAUCCAUCCGGGUACUAUCAAGGUGGUUACCCUGGUGGUGGUUACCCUGGUGGUUAUCCUCAGCAAAAUCACUACCAAGGAGGAUUCGCCCAACCGGGAUAUCAGCAAGGAGGAUUCGCUCAACCGGCGGGAUAUCAACAAGGAGGAUUCGCACAACCUGCAGGAUUGCAACAGGGAGGCUUUGCUCAGCCCGGUGCCUUGAUUCCUGCAACUGGUUUCGGAGGUAGCGGAACGGGUAGUGGAGCUGGAACUGGCAGUGCUGGCCCUGGUGGAGUGUCUGCAUCAGGCGUUGCCAUUUCAAGCGCUCAGAACGGCGGAUUCGGUACAGCUUCCGGAAGCGGAACAGGAUUCCUCGGUCCCUUCGGUCAAGCAGGAGCCACCGGACAGGGUACCGGAAGCAGCUUUGGAAAAUAAACUACUACACAAUGAACGAUCUGUGGUUUUUAAAGUCGUGGCAAUGUUCUAAUUUGACAACUGAAAUCUCUGUAUUAUUAUCUUGUCGAUGUAUAACUAUCCUGACACAUCUAUGCUGUGAAAGGUUUCCUAAAAAAUACAUUUUCUUAAAGAGGAAA